AUAGGGUAUAAUAUCAUUUGAAAAAUGGCCUCUCUUUGGCUCGGCUCACCUCUUAUUUACAGAAAUGCCCCUUGCGGAGCAACGGAAAAUCGACGUCGUACUCCUCAGCGUUUCGUUUGCCCCGUCGUCGCCAAAACCACGUCCGCGGAGGCUGCCGUUGUUCGCCGGUCUGCGAACUAUCAGCCUUCUCAUUGGGACCAGAAUUGUAUCCACUUGCUCCAGAACGAAUAUGCCAUGCAAAGCAACUUCCAGGAGAGAGCUAAAUUGUUAAAGGAAGACGUGAGAAAGACGCUACAUGAAACCGAAGGUCCUCUCAAACAGCUCGAGCUCAUCGACACACUUCAAAGGCUUGGAGUCUCGCAUCAUUUCGAUCACGGAAUCGAAAAUAUUUUAAAGGAAAUCUACGCUGCGAGUCUCGAAAACGAAAGAAUGAGUAAGAAAACCGAAGAUUUACACACCACGGCGCUCCAAUUUCGCCUCCUUAGACAACACGGUUUUAACGUCUCAGAAGAUGCAGUGUUAUAUGAACGAGACGGGAGUUUCAGAGAAGUUGGCGCGUGAACACAUGACGGGAGUCAUCAGCGAUGCAUGGGACGUGAUGAACGACAGGAUAACGACGUGCAUGAGUUCUUCACACGAUCGACGUUUUCUCCGGUCGGCGCUUGAUUUGGGACGCAUGUCGCAAUGCAUUUAUCUGUACGGCGAUGGACAGGGUUGCCCUGACAAGGCCAACACCACCGAUCGUGUCCGGUCUUUGCUCUUCAACCCUGUUCCACUCGACUGACCAAUACCUUGAGAAAGCGACGGGAUCAUAUUGUAUCCCGCACGUGUUCAGUGUCAAGAUUUGCGGAAUAACGUGUUGUGCAUUA